AUGCCAGUGUUAGAGGGGCUCUGGGGCCCAGAUCUCAGGAUGCGAGACUCUGGUCAUGGCGUUGGGGUCGAUGUCGGGGUCUGUCCGGACGAAGACCCCGGCUCGCCAGUGUGGGGUCCUCUCAGGACACCCCCGGUCACCUGCGGAGGCCUGUCGCUGGCCCUGGAGCUGCCCGCUCUCAUACGGCAGCUCAGGGCGGCCUGGAGGGCACGCAGGGGAGGCCCCCGGGGGUCCGAGAGAAGCCAGGCCAGCUCUUGGGUGGAGGCAGAUAAGGAGGAGGAGACCGAGGAGUUGAAGCAGGAUGUAGAAGACAGGAGCGCAAAUCUGGAAGCUGAUGGCAGACUGAGCACUGGUCAUGCUGGUGUGUUGCUGGCUGAGAGACGAGGCUCCUACCCUCUGAUCGAAUUCCGCUGCCUGAAAACCAGUCUCCAGCGAGGGGAGGUGGAGUCCGGCACCAGGAGGAAAGUCACGCGUCAGCUGAGCUUCCAGAGAUACUGCCACGCCUCCCGGCUGCUCAGGGGGUUGGUGCCCCCCACCCCAGGGUCCCUACACCUGCUGGAUGACGACUACCUGGGACAGGCUGAGCACAUGUUGUCAAAGGUUGGCACAUGGACCUUUGACAUUUUCCUCUUCGAUCGUCUAACGAAUGGAAACAGCCUGGUGACUCUGAUGUGCCAUCUCUUCAAUGUCUACGGUCUCGUUCAUCACUUCCAGCUGGACAUGGUCAAGCUGCACAGGUUUCUGGGUAUGGUGCAGGAAGACUACCACUCUCAGAAUCCCUAUCAUAACGCUGUUCAUGCUGCUGACGUCACUCAAGCCAUGUACUGCUACCUGAAGGAGCCCAGGUUGGCAGAGCAGCUGAGCCUCCAGGACGUGUUCCUGGGUCUGGUGGCAGCAGCCGCCCACGAUGUCGACCAUCCCGGAGUCAACCAGCCCUUCCUCAUCAAGACCAGACACCACCUGGCAUCUCUCUACCAGAACACGUCUGUGCUGGAGAGUCACCACUGGAGGUCCACGGUGGGCAUGCUGCGAGAGUCCGGACUGCUGUCUCACCUGCCUGCUGACAUGUCGCUGGACAUGGAGCAGCAGCUGGGCUCUCUCAUUCUGGCGACAGACAUCAGCCGGCAGAAUGAGUUCCUGUCGACCUUCAGAGAACAUCUGGACAACCAGGACCUGGACCUUCAGCUGGAGUCACACAGGCAUUUUAUGCUGCAGAUUGCUCUGAAGUGUGCAGACAUCUGUAACCCGUGUCGGGUUUGGGAGCUUAGCAAACAGUGGAGUGAGAGGGUGUGUGAGGAGUUCUACAGACAGGGUGACCUGGAGAGAAAGUUUGACCUGGAAAUCAGUCCUCUGUGUAACCAGCAGGUGGACUCUGUCGCAGCCAUACAGACAGGUUUUAUCUCCUACAUCGUUGAGCCUCUGUUUGAGGAGUGGCAGCGUUUCACUGAUCCCAGCCUGCUCAGCCAGACCAUGAUGGGUCACCUGCACAAGAACAAAGCCAGCUGGAGCCGCCUGCGACACGCACAGACAACAUCAGACACACAGACGCACCCUUCUGACGACGAGCCCGAAGGAGGAGGUGGAGAGAACAUCCCUUAAUCUUCUUCCUGUUUCUCGGGGUGUUUUCAUCUUCCUUUGUCAGUGGAGCAGAGGAGUGUUUGGCAAACCUCCUUGUUUGUCCUCCAGCGUAUUUCCUCCCACUCCUGGGUGUUCACAGUGGGAGCACAGGAUGGGAGUCUGGCCUGGAUUAGUGAGAUAUGGCUCCCUCUGCUGGUGCAGAAGAUUAUAGCACUGCAGGGGAAAAAAGACUGGGACGAAUCCACGAUUGAGGAAAAAAGGACGGAUUAUUUUGGUAAAUAGAUGCCAAUUUGACAAAUUUACGUCAUGCUCUGAAACCGUGUGAAAUCUGCUUCACAUUUACCGAGACGUGGUUAUAGAAGUGAAAGGUAACGGCCGACGUCAGAAGAGGGAUCAGCAGAGACAAAUUUGCACAUUGCUGCCAGAACAAUAAAGAAAAGCCAAAAGUGUAUAUGAUUCUAACAAGACAGCUGGACUGCUCUAUAACACGUGCCGUGAAAUAUAUGGAUAUAUCGACUAUAAUGUGCUUCUUAAUCUUUUAGAUGACACAUAUUCAACUCAUUUCACUUCUCUCUUUUUGUACAGCUCGCACUUCGGUUAGAUGCUCCACGUUUGACUGAAGUGCGUUUUAACUCUGAGCACUGACUUGGUAUGUCAAGGUAUCGUAAAGUUGUAUUCUGUUUUAUCCUCACUGACACAAAGUGGCUUCAGCCGAGCCGCUGUAACUCUGAUUACCAAUCGUCACCAGGAUGUCGUCAGCCUCCGGCUGACUCACAAUUGUAGACAACACAGGCGAGAGCCUUUUUUGCUCUCUUAUCCAAGUGAGAGCCAUCUGUACCUACUGUGAUUUACGACCACAGCUCUUCACAUGCCAAAAUAUUCAGCCAUGUAUGAACCUUUUUACUAGGUAUGGAUACCGUGAAACAAAACUCUCUCCUACCUUUCUAACAACUCGAUGGGUGCACUUAUUUAUCCAAUAACCUCACUUUU